AUGGCCGCUCAGAACGGCCGCGCGCCGCCGCGGCGUGCCUCUAGCGCCCUUCAUCGCGGCUUCCUCUCGCGCCUUCUGUCGUUUACGUUCCUCGCUUUGUUUCUUCUCGGCAUUUUUGCUCUCACUCGCCUCUCCCCCGCCUCGGCGGAAGAGGCCGAAGUGGAGGUCUGCGAGGGUAGAAUCGUCGGAGAAAACGGGCGUUCACUUGCAGACUUCGACUUGAGUGACGUAGUCGUCGCCCUCGUCACCGACGACGGCGCAGUCAAGGAGCAAGAGCACUGCUCGCCGACGGGCUACUACUUGAUUCGCGUCGACACGCUCGCGGGGCGCCGCGCGUUUUCUCUGCGCGUUUCGGGACCGCCUGGCUGGAGCUUCGCGCCGGCCUCCGUCCGCGUCCCUGAAGGCACCUGCCGGCAAGACGUGAACUUCGUCUUCACAGGUUUCACGCUUUCGGGUCGCGUGGCGACUGCGGGAAGCGCGCGGGGGCCAGCGGGGCUUCUGGUGACGCUGGCGCAGGCGGACGGCGCGCUGGAGAGCGAGACUGACGAGGCAGGCCGCUUCCAGUUCGCCGAGGUCCUCCCCGGACUCGCGGCGCUGCGAGUCGCGCUGCCUGGCGCGACUCCGGCGGCUAGCGCCGCGCGCUUCGAGGGCGGCGGGGAGCUUCUCGUGGACGUCAGCGCCCAGGGCCGCGCAACCGUCCGCGGCGGCGCGAACUCCGGCGCCGAGGAGAUCGUCUUCCGCAUGAAGGGCUACGAAGUGCGAGGGCGCGUGCUUGACUCCGAAGGCCGGCCCCUUCUUCUUCCGGUGGUCGUCGAGCUGCUCCCCGACCCGGCUUCCUGCACGUCGCCGCUUCCGCCCAACUGCGGCGGGUCGCCGCUGCCCGCCCCGCUGCGCGCCGUGGUGGACUCCAGCCAGCGCGUCGCGGGCGUCUCCUGCUUCGCCGUCGCGGCGCCUGGCGACGGAGAAUUCGUCUUCCCCACCGUGCCUAUGUGUGCGUACGUCGUGCGGCCUGCGGGACGCCUGCCCGCUGCGCAGAGCGGAGAAGACGCCGAGGAAAGAAUCGUCUCCUUCGCCCCAGACGCGCAGCGCGUGACGACGGCGGCGGCGGAUGCCCACGGGAGUGUGCGUGUGCCCGCCUUCGAGCUCGCGGCUUUCUCGCUCACGGGGCGCGUGGUGUCGCGCGGCGCGGACGGUCAGCUGCGCGGCGUGCCCGACGCCUGGGUUGAGUUUCGGCGCGGCGGCCUGACGGCGGCGCAUGUGCAAGCCGACGGCGAGGGCAAAUUCACGUUUGUCAGCUUCCCCGCCAAGGGGCAGAACGACCUUGCCUUCACCGCCUCCAAGGAGCACUUCGGAUUCACUACUGUCUUCGUCGGUUCGCUCUCCUGGGGGACGCGCCACGACCUCGUGCCGAUCGAAGUGUCGAGUGUAGACCUAUGCGGGAUUGUUGAGCCUGCGUCGCCAGACGCGCGGCGCGGUGGCCUCACCGUCUUCAUCGAGCCCGCCGCGUACGACGCAGCGCGAGAGUCCGACGACCGGCCCAAGACCGCAGUCAGCGACGAUGCAGGCAAGUUCUGCGUGCGCGUGCGGCCCCACCGGAAGUACGUCGCCUCGCUGUUUUUCCCUGCGGAGGGGAGGCAGGCGUCGCGGAAGUUCGAGCGCGCGCUGGCGGUUGGCGGCGAGCCAGUCUUCGACGUGCUGCUGAAGGAGCAACGCUACGCGGUCGUUGGCGCAGUCGCCUGUCUGGAGCCGUGCCCGCAGGGGCUGAAGAUCCGAGCGGCGCGCGCCUCGCACGCGGCGGUAGCCCGUGCAGAGGCUGAGCAGAGCGCCGCAGAGGAGAAAAAGGACAAGGCGGUUUCGCUGGCAGCUGCGCGCGACGAGGAAGAGGAGGACGCGCUGCGCGAGGCGCUCGUCACGGUCGCGGAGGCCAAGCGCGGGAAAAGCACCAACGAACUGACCUUCGAGCUGACUGGACUCCCAGGCGGCUUUUACACGCUCGAGAUCCUCGAGGCCAACGAAGAGCCGCAGCUCGACACCCCCGCAGAGAAGCGCGAGACGCGCACCCUCUGCUGGCGUAAGAAGCGACAACUGGUCAGCUUUUCUCCGGCUUCGCCCUCGUCAGACGCGCCGCCGCCGGUCGUGGUCACCUUCGCGCAGACGGGCUACAGAGUUUAUGGAUCGUCGAAUUUCCCCGUUGCCGCGGAGCUCGUCUCGUCUGCCUCUCAGGCGGCUCCUGCGGCGGUCGCGCUUCCCGCAGGCCCGUUCGCGCUCUGCGUUGCGCAGCUGCGCGCGAACUACUCGCUGCGUCCGGCGUCGUCGCGUCUGCGUCUCUCGACAGUGCCGGACUCGUUCUCUGCCGCGCAGGCGCUUGCGGAGGACAGCUCGGCGCGGCGCAGGGAGUUCCUCCGCGUGCGCGUGACUGAGCGCGAAGUCCAGGUUCAGGUCGCGCUCGCGGGGCUGGUUGACGCGGCGUCAUCGCCGUUUGGGAAAGAGGCGAGCAAGGCCCUCGCGUUCGCCGUCGACGUCGACUCCGCGGGGGCGGGGGCGCCUCUGCGGGCGGAGAAGGCGGAGGCGGCGGAGCGCGACAGCAAGAAAGCGACGCGCGUCCCCUGCGCCUUCGCGGCCUUCACGCGGUCUGCAGCCGCGCCGCUGGCGGAGGCGCUCGCCGCCGCCGCGCUGGUCACGCGCGACGACGAGGACGUGGCGCUGUUCAGCUGUCGGUUUUGGCUGUCGGUGGGCGCCGAGGAGAUGCCUGUGGGCGGCGCCAGCCGCCAGCGCGAGGCCGGGGCGCGCCUGCGGCUCGCGCUGGCGGCGCCGCCUGCGCUGGUCGCAGAGGGCCUCCGCGUGCUGGCAGACGGGCAGAUGACGCCGCCGAUGGAGGCACUUUCGCGCGCGUUGGGCGACGACACGCUCACCCUCGGGGCCUUCUUCGCCGAGCGCCAGUGCGUGCUGAAGGGCCGCGUGGAGCCGCCGGUGGAGGGCGCCACGGUCUCCUUCCUGGCCCCCGCGCCCAGCGAGGGGGCAGAAGACCCCUCGCGGGUCGCGCCCGACGCGCAGACCGACGCCCGCGGGCGCUUCGUCUCCGCCGCGAUCCCCUGCAGGCGAGGCGCGUGGGUCCCGAAGGCCGCCGAGGGCGAAGCCACGCACAUCUGGAGCUUGGAUGCCGUCCGAGUCGAGGCGAGCCGCUCGGACUACGACUUUGUGAGACGGGAGGCCCGCGACGGCGCGGACAUCGUCUUCAAAGCCAUCAAGCUGGCUAGUGUGACGGCGAGCGUCUCCCUCGCGUCUUCGGGGGCGGGUCUGAAGAACGUGUUGAUUUCGCUCUCUCCGCUUCGAGACGCAGCGGUGCGCCCUACGCGGCAGCUGACGAACGAGCGGGGCGAGGCGGUUUUUCUGCCGGUUCGCGAGGCCGCGGAUCGCCGUGGGGCCCUCGGGAAGGAUCACGAGAAGCGCGUCGUCGGCGACGGCCUCUUCCUCGUGAGGCCGCUGCUCAAGGGCUUCCAGUUCGUCCCGCCCGUCCUCGAGGUCGCGAUCGAGAGCGGGAACCCCGAGAAGAAACACAUCCGUCUCGAAUUCAAAGCAACAAAAAUCCUCUACGACUGCGCAGGGCGCGUCCGCGCCCUUGCGGCGCAACUCCACGAACUCGCACGCGGUCGCGCGUCCCUCGUCGUCCGCGCCGCGGGCGUCUCCGACUCGGGCGCGACGCACGUGGAGGAGACGCAGGUGGACGAGGACGGGGUUUUUCUUCUCCGCGGGCUGCGCCCCAAGGUCGCGUACGAGGUGUCUGUACACCCCAGCGGCGGCGAGCGAGGCGCCUUCGAUCUCCGCUCCGCGUGGGAGCGAGUCAGCCCCGAGAGCCGCCAGGUCCUCCGGGAUACUGUGCAGGACGUGACAGAUCUCGACUUUUUCGUUUUUGCUGCGCGGCGAGGUCUCUCGCUCGUUGUCUCCCUGCCUACCUCUCUAUCUUCUUCGCCUCCGCUGACACUCCACCUCACUCGCGAGGCGGCCGCUGGCGCACCUCGCGAGAAGACGCGCGUCGCUCACCUGGGCUCGCUGCGCUUCGCUGAGUUUUCCGAUCUCGCAGAAGGCAACUUCCUCAUUGCCGUCUCGCUCUCGCGCACACCCAGACCCCAAGAAGGCGAGGCGAACUGGGAAGUAGAAGAGACGCCUGAGGAAGACGAGAUCUUCUACCGGCAGCGCGUCUCGGUGUCGCCUGCGAGUGCGCGCGGCGACGCUCGGGUGUACGUACAGCUGCCGCGCGCGCUGGAAAAGGCGUUGCAGCUCGGAGGGUCGCUGGCGAGCGAGGGGCGGAGAAAGCGCGAAAAGGGUUUCUUCGCGUCGUUCCUCGGCUCGUUCCUCUUCUACGGCGUCAUACUCGCCCUCGCAGGCGGCGCCUUCUUCGCGAGGCGCCAGCUGCUUUCGUUGGUUGGCUCUGGGGCGGCGGACGGCAAGAAGAGGGAGAAAAAGAGCGAAUAG